UGUAGACCUGCUACCAGCUUCAGGCAGUGAGGGGAUGACAAGAAGGUUUCUGCAAGAGCUGGUUAACAUCCUGCUGGGUUAUAUCAGCAAGUCCAAUCAGAGGAGCUCCAAGGUGUUGGACUUCCACCAUCCUCACCAGCUGAAGGAGGGACUGGAGGGCUUCAAUCUGGACCUACCGGACCAACCAGAAACUCUGGAGCAGAUACUAGUGGACUGUAGAGAUACACUCAAGUAUGGUGUUAGCACAGGCCAUCCCCGUUUCUUGAACCAGCUGUCUUCAGGUCUGGAUGUGAUUGGUGUAGCAGCCGAGUGGUUAACCUCCACAGCCAACACUAACAUGUUUACAUAUGAAGUGUCCCCUGUUUUCAUACUUAUGGAGGAAUUUCUGCUGAGCAAGAUGCAAAGCAUUGUGGGAUGGCCCGAUGAUGAGGGAGACGGACUCUUCUGUCCAGGAGGCACAAUAUCCAACCUGUACAGCAUCCUGGUUGCCAGAUAUCACUUCUACCCAGAGGUGAAGACCAGGGGGAUGGGAGUUCUGCCUCAGCUGGCCCUCUUCACUUCAGAACAUAGUCACUAUUCAGUGAAAAAAUCUGCAGCCGUGCUGGGGAUGGGCAGUGAGAAUGUGGUCAUAGUGAAAUGCGAUGAAAGAGGGAAAAUGAUUCCAGCUGAACUUGAGUCUUCCAUUGUUACAGCUGAAGAAAAGGGUUUGGUUCCAUUCUAUGUGAAUGCGACAGCAGGAACCACAGUGUACGGAGCCUUUGAUCCUCUCAAUGCAAUCGCUGACAUCUGCCAUAGACAUGCACUGUGGAUGCAUGUUGAUGCGGCGUGGGGUGGAGGCCUUCUGAUGUCAGACAGGCACAGGAUGAAACUUCAGGGCAUUGAACGAGCCUGGUCUGUAACAUGGAAUCCUCACAAGAUGAUGGGCGUCCCUCUGCAGUGCUCCGUCAUACUCAUCAAGAAGAGAGGUCUCUUACACAGCUGUAAUGAGUUGAGGGCUGAGUACCUUUUCCAGACGGACAAGCCCUACGAUGUGAGCUAUGACACUGGAGAUAAGAGCAUCCAGUGUGGACGACAUGUUGAUGUCUUUAAACUCUGGCUCAUGUGGAAGGCAAAGGGCUCAGAGGGCUUUGGAUCUCAGGUCAACAAAUGCUUAGAGAAUGCUGAGUAUCUGUAUGAUCAACUGCAGAGGAGGACAGACUUUGAACUGGUCUUCAAAAACAAACCGGAGCACAGUAACGUGUGUUUCUGGUACAUCCCUCCCAGUCUCAGUGGGCUGCCACAUGGACAUGACAGAGACACAAAACUCCAUCAGGUAGCUCCCCAGAUCAAAGCCAGGAUGAUGGAGAAGGGCUCUGUUCUGAUUGGCUACCAGCCUUUGGGAGACAAAGUCAAUUUCUUCAGGUGUGUGUUCUCCAAUCCUGCCACACAGCAAGAGGACAUUGACUUCCUGCUGGACGAGAUCACUCGGCUGGGUGAUGACCUGUAACGUCUGAUAUGAUUAUUUGGUCUCAUUCUUGUCAUUUGAAGGAAAUAAGUAAAACCAACUAUAAGACCAUAGUUUUACUGUGCCUUUAGCCUAUAUUGUAACCAGCCUGGGUACACAAACAUUGACCCCCAUCCAUCUGCAUAGCAAAACGAUUUUCUCGUAUUGCCAUGUUAUAAAUGCGCUUUGCGAUAAUAUUGUCUGACAGCUGUUGCUUCAUCAAUCAUAGUUGAAACAAUAUCAAUAGCGGAAGGUUGUAUUAAUUCCUCCGUUACUGUGUGCAGCUUUUUACACUGAGCAACUCUGUACGCUACUUUGUUGGAGGUGAGUUCAGCAUUUGAUGUGAGCAUGUGUUUAGCACAGAAGCUGCUUUAGUAAAGCAACUCUGUUGUGCACAACAGUUUUUUUUUUCUGAAGAAAUAAAUGGGCUUGUCUUUGUGUUCGGGAAGUGAACUCUCUAAGUGGCUUCUUAGCUUGUUCGGCUUCAUACUGUCAGAAGCUCAUAUUUUGAGACACAUAACACACUGCGGUCUCUCUUCAUUACACAUCAUUGUACUUCAUAUUUUCUUAUCUUUGUUUUAAUAGUUGUGACAUUUGUUGUGAAUGCUGUUUUUUGUUGACCUGGCUGUACUUACACAAACUUUUCCAUGAUGUGCUAGCUAGCAGUGAAGAAGAAAAAUGCAUCAUUUAUAUUUAGCCUCACCGAACAUCCCAUUUUUUUUGUUUGUUUUGUUUUUUAUAAUAGAAAUCUG